AGGCAACCCAAGCGCUUGCGCUGUCCCUGACCCGGAUUAGCCCAUCUCGAAGGCACUCCGGCCCCCGAGAGCUGUCGUCGGCGCGGGGAGAACCGAAUCCGGCAGGAAUCCUCUCUGGUGGCUCCGCCUCGCGGCUGGCCAGCCAUUCCGGGCACUGGCUGCUCUGAACGAGGCGGUGCCGGUUUGCGGCUGGCGCGCAGAGACGCUGCGCGAAAUGGAGGACUCCGGAGAAGAGGAGGCGGCUGAACCGGAUUGGCUUCUGCCGGAGCCGCCCGGCGGCGGUGAUGGUCGCCCUCGGCCGGGUUCUCUUGCUCCGGGCACAGCCCCAUCAUGUCAUGGCAGAGUGGGGUCAACAGGAAGCACACGGCACCGAAUCAUUGUGCACCUCGACCUGGACUGUUUUUAUGCACAGGUGGAAAUGAUCUGCAAUCCUGAAUUGAGGAGCAAGCCUUUAGGUGUUCAGCAGAAAUACCUGGUAGUCACCUGCAACUAUGAAGCCAGGAACCUUGGGGUCAGGAAACUCAUGUCUGUGAAAGAAGCGAAAGAAAAAUGCGCAGAAUUGGUGUUGGUUAAUGGCGAGGAUCUGACCAAAUAUAGAGAAAUGUCUUACAAGAUUACAGCAUUGUUGGAAGAAUUUUCUCCACUGGUAGAAAGGCUUGGAUUUGAUGAAAACUUUGUGGACAUCACUGAAAUGGUUGAACUGAGAUUGGAACAGUGGGAAAGAGACACUAUUGCAAAAAUCUCAUUCUCUGGCCAUGUAUAUAACAAUCAGACCGUCAACGUACACGAUCCAACACACAUAAGAUUAGCUGCCGGAUCUCAGAUUGCAGCAGAGAUGAGAGAAGCCAUGCACAACAGGCUGGGCCUUACGGGAUGUGCAGGAGUGUCUUCUAGUAAACUACUCUCUAAGUUGGUGUCCGGGACCUUUAAACCAAAUCAGCAAACUGUUCUUUUGCCCGAGAGCCGGCAGGACCUGAUGCUCAGCCUUGCCCACAUAAGCAAAGUGCCUGGUAUUGGCUGUAAAACAGCAAAGCGCCUUGUGAUGCUGGGCAUUGCCACAGUUCAUGAUCUCCAGAUGUGUUCAGCUGCAAUACUAGAGAAAGAGCUGGGAGUUUUGGCUGCACAGCGUGUCCAGAAACUCAGCUGUGGAGAAGACGACUCUCCAGUCACUCCUUCAGGGCCGCCCCAGUCUCUUAGCGAUGAAGACUCCUUUAAAAAAUGCUGUACUGAAGCAGAAGUGAAAAAGAAAGUUGAAGAGCUGCUUACGAAUCUUCUAGACAGGUUAUACAAGGACGGAAGAAAGCCCUAUACCAUAAGGUUAGCCAUUCGGCAGUUUUCUUGUGCCAACAAAUGGUUUAGCCGGGAGAGCCGCCAAUGCCCAAUUCCGCCUCAUGUGGCCCAGAGGAUCGGAACAGGUGACGCCAACAUCAAGACCCAGCUGGUUGCUAUCCUUAUGAAACUAUUUCGUAAGAUGAUAAAUGUGGAUGUUCCAUUUCAUCUUACCCUUCUGAACGUCUGCUUCUCCAACCUCAAGGCCCCUGUUCUGUCCACCAAGCAGUCUAUUGGGUUUUAUUUAACUCGGUUAUCCCCUUCAUCAGGCUCAAGCAAACUUGAUUGCAAAGUGGAAGAUGUGAACACAGAACCCGCAGCUCCAGAAGGUCAGGUGGACACUUGUAAGAUUUUUCCAGGUGAGAGAAACGCUGGAGUUAUACAGACAUCGCUGUUGACUCCAGACUUCCCAGAACAGACCGGAGUUCCUGAAUUCCCACCUCACUUGCUUCCAGUUGGCAUUGACUAUGAUGUGUUUAAUCAGCUUCCAUGGGACAUUAAGGAGGAAAUUAUUUCUAGCCAGAUGGCAGACAGGAACACUGCAGCAACUGCUUUGAGUUGGACGUCAUGUUCCUCAAGGGAAGAAUGUUUGGACAAGGCACAAGACCAAAUGAAACCUGCUCCUUUACAUUCUGAAAGCACCCAUCCAGAACUUAGCUCUUCAGCACUCUGUGACGUUCCGUCCUCCAAUGAAAAGCCAUCACAAUUGCACAGUUGUACCCCCAAAAGUCUUACUUCCCAAACCAAUUAUCCUGAUGCUGCUGGAAAUGCAUUAGUCACUGACUGUGCAGGAACUGCGGAUUUUAAACGCUCACCCCCAACUUCAUCUGGGCCGUCUUUUCUCCAGGCCUGCAUACAAGAGAGCCAGAUGCAACCAAGUAAAGAAGCCUUCCUUGACGAAGGUUGGAAACAUGAUUCAGAACUUGUCCUUCCUCCUAAUAUUGAUCCAAAGACAUUUUCUGAGUUGCCUGCAGAGAUGCAGAGGGAACUACUGGCUGAAUGGAAAAGUCGAGAUCCUGUUUCCAAAUUGCGUGCCAGCAAAGCCCCCAGCAAGCUCAAAAGGCAAAAGAAAGGAGAACUGCCUUCACCCCAACAGUCAAACAGUUUAUUACGAUAUUUCAAACCAAACUAAUUACUGUGUGCACUCAGCAUAAAGGUGUAGAUAUUCUGCAGCUGGUGUAGAUAUACUGCAGCUGCGACUCUAGACCCUGAACAAGAGUUCUAUAGCAAGUGGGGAGGAAGGCUCAAUUUUUAAAAAUACAAUCCCAUGGUUGGUUGGUUUUUUAAAUCUCCCAGCAUAUAGACACCUAGCAUUCCAGGCAAGAAUCUUUCCCCUUGAUGUGCUAGUUUUCUGCAUAGCAGGGUGUUUUUAGUACAUGUGGGCACAUUCAAAAAUGCACUGUCCAACCCCACAGCCUGAUGCAUUGCAAAUAACCCGACCUAUGACUUUUGCUGAUAAUUGCUUUCCUUCUCAAAUGUGAUUGUAUUAACAUUGGGGGAAUAUCACAAGUGAAGGUAGAGCUGGGCUUAAAAAUACCUUGGCAGACAUGUCUAACCACUCCCCAUCAUAGAUACGGUGGCAUUAAGUUUUCUGAUGUCUGGGACAGACAGGCAGAAAAAUGAGAGAUGGGUGGAGGGGAGAAUCACUGCAGGUUCUCCUUCCUACAUUACCCUUUGUAAUUUCAAGAUUGCAUUACAAGGAGACAUGAGGAUAUGGGCCUGGAAUUUUCUGAGAGGAGAAAAGUUGAAGGACACAAGGUGUUGACUCCCAUCCUUUCAAUGUGGACACGGCUGAUAAAGAAUCCUGGGUGUGUUAGACAUCAUGAUAUGGUUAACUGUGCAAUAGGACUGUUAACUUCUUCUGACCAUCCAGUACAAAAUCUCCUUCCCAUCAGAGUAUGAUUUUUAGAGUUGCAUCCGGGAAGGAUCCUGUACUCCUUAAAGCAGGGGUUCUCAAAGCUGGGUUGGCAGAUGUGGUCAGAAUAUGUCUCCCAUCAUUCCCCAGCCACAGUGGCCAGAUUUUGGGAGCUAUUGUCCAACACCUGGAGACCCAAGUUUGAGGAGCAAGGUGAGGUGUUAAGUGUCGCGCCUGUCCCCAGUCCAAGCACUGUAGGUUACACUGGCCAGGUGUGUGUCUCCUACACUCUUACAACAGCUGCUAGAGAGAGAGAGAAGCCUUGCCCAGGAUGGCAUUUGGUGGCCUGCUAAGUCAGCCUCUUGGUUCUUCUUUGCUCAAUGUAUAUAUAUAUUUUAAUCUUGUUGUAAGAGUUUCUUUCAUUCCUGCAGUUGGGAGAAAAGGUAGUUUCUUUUGUCUUAACCUUGAAAUAUACGCCUUGUGAGUGGAACAAGGACUUUGGAACAUAAAUAAAAUACUGCAAAUUAUUAAUACGA